UUGUGAGCUUCUCUCCGCCCACCGCCCCCACCCCAUGUUGUCACUUUGUUGUGACUGGGGACAGCCCCGGACAGUACCUGGCAACUUUAAGACAGCCUGGGAAGAGCGGCAUGCUCGGAUCGCGCUCCCAGCCCCGCGGACCGCCUCUGUGGUUGAUUUGAGGCCUGUUGGCUGACGCAGACCUGAAGCAGACACACCACACUCGAGCUGCUGAGAACUUGAUGGAACAGGUUUUAAUUCUUGUCAGGGUUUUUCACAUGAUCAGCAGCACUGACGACAUGUCCACAGCUUUAAACUCUCGCCGCUGAGUUUGUUCUUAAAGGACAGGACUGUCUUCAGGUAUAAACAUGGGGAUGGAGACUUUCUCAAGAUCCCAGAUUCUGCAGGAGAUGAAUUUCCACUGCAGCAAACUGGCUGCCAGUAACAACCGAGGCUUUAAACAAGAGUUUAGGCAGGAGCUGAAUGAUGUUGGGAAAGACCUCCCGAGCAGAGCGGGGGCCUUGGUGGCCAACAAACAAAAAAACAGAUACCCUUACAUUUUGCCAUAUGAUCACUGUCGGGUGAGGCUGUCAGUUCAAAACCAGAACCCGAAUUCUGAUUACAUCAAUGCUAGUUUUGUUCCUGGCGGAGGGUCAGAAAGAGACUUUAUCUGCACCCAGGGUCCUCUUCCCAACACCGUGGCAGACUUCUGGAGGAUGGUGUGGGAGCAAAACGUCCGGGUAAUCGUCAUGGUGACCGCUCUGAGACAAAAGAGCACGAUCAUGUGUGAUAAGUACUGGUCUGUGGAAGAAGGGACAGUUUAUCACGGACUCUUCCAAGUGACAACAGUGACUCGGAAACAGGGUCCAGAUUAUUUUAUUACGACCAUUAACCUGCGUCAGAGGGACUUCCCGAACGACAGAAUAAUCACGCACUACUACUACCCGUCCUGGCCGGACCAGGGGGUCCCAAACCCAGUUUCCCUGUGUGCGUUCGCCGAGCACGUGCGGCAGCAUUUGGAGGCUCUUCCCCGCUUGGGGCCAGCGGUGGUGCACUGCAGUGCAGGCGUUGGUCGGUCGGGGACGUUUGUGACCGUGGUGUGGCUGAUGCAGCUCAGCGUGAGAGGGAUCCCGCCUGACAUCAAAGCUGCUGUGAAGGACCUGCGGCUGCAUCGAAUGUGGACGGUCCAGACUCUUGAGCAGUACAUAUUAAUUCAUCACUGUCUGCUACACUGGCUCGGCGCAGAAGCCUCGGCAAGCAGCCAGCAGAAGCAGGGCCCCGGACUGAAUUCGAACCAACACAAGAGGGAUCGACCUGAGAGCUCGGGGAGGAGGAGACGACACAGCUCUCAACAGAAACCUCCAGCGGACCAACCCCAGAACGCCAUGCUGCAGCUUUUUAAACCUGGGAACCUACUGAGGAGGUUAAUACCUUCCUUAUCGCAGACUAAUAAGGCCCCACAAAUGCCUGAAGACAUGCUCUGAAGACACUGGAUGUAAAAAGGAAAUUUGCUUUAUGCUGCCUUAUACUGAACUUCUAAAGGGUGUAGGCAAUGACUGCAGAUGCAGCGCGGUUGUGUACAUUACGAAGAGGCCCCGGAGGCACAGAACUGCCCUGACAACACGCCGAUAAAUGCUUUUUUUUUAGCAGACGCAGCAGUUUGUACUGUAACCAGGAGGAAGAACAAGGGGAAUAAUGCAUCAGGUUAAACCUGUUAUUCUGCUAAUCGCUUCAGAUUCAUGAGAAAAGGAGGGUGCCACCUUUACACGGUAAAAAAAAAAAAAGGAGGCGGAACAAUUCUUUUCAGGUCACUGACAAAAACCCUUUAUGAUGAGCAAAGAUUCCUGGUAAUGACAACUAGGAAGCUCUUCUUUUUUAACCUCCUUUGGUGAUAGAGCACUGUUGAUAGGUACUUUAUCUCUUUGGGGUUUCCUGGUGCAUUUCUUCCAUGCUGCACAAUCAAGUCUUCGAAUCGGGUUACAUGUGCAAAGCUAACAACAGAAAGACGGACACACAGUGUAGUGGCUGUACAAAAAAAAGGUCAUGUUUGAAAAACCCCACAGGCACUGCCAUUCUCAUUAAAUUGACUGAAACCCAUUACAGUUCAGGAAGAAACUAUUACAGAACAUAGAGGGCUAACCCACAUUUUUUUUAAAGUCUUCAAUCUUUCAUGGAGGGGCAGUCGACAUGAUACAUUUGAUCCCUCUUUAGUCUUUUGUGUUGAUGUCCUCGAGAGAGAAAGAAUCCAGCAGAGGUCAGCGUCCAGGGCCGUCCCUGUGCCACGCCUUCCACCUGCGGAAAGUGCCAGCAUGUUGCAAUCAAAUCCAUGGAGAGGAUUCAUGUCCUAACGUGGUCCAAUACCGACGAGCUCCAGCAGAGGGCGCCCUUAAGCAGGUAAUCUCAAAAGCUCAGCUUCUCCAAAUGAGCUGUUAGCUGGACCCAAACAAAAGUACUAAUCA